CCCCUAUCACUGUCACCAUCACCAUCACUAUCACUAUUAUCUAUCUUCCAAGUCGUCUCAUCGACCUAUCGCUAUCAACAUGGGCAAGAUCGGUCGCGUUGCGUGCAUCUUCACGCCAUACUUGUUGACGAUUGCCUCGUUAAUAUGUCUCCUCCUGGUCGGGCUGGGCUGUACCAAGAAGAGUGACAACAACCUCAACAACCUCUAUUUCUUCCGAGCCAAUCUGCAGAAUUUCACCACCUCCUCGUCGACCACCUCGGAGAUCUCACAGUUGCUCAGCGAGGCUGGAGUCAGCACCACGAACCUGACUGCCCUCUUGGAAGAGGCGGAAGAGGAUACGGAUCUGAAGGAUUUCUACUCGAUCGGUCUCUGGGGCUACUGUGACGGCAGCAUCAGCAACGGCACCUACAACACCACCGCCUGCACUUCGCCCAAGGCCGAGUUCUACUUCAACCCCAUCACCGUCUGGGGGCUCAACUCCUCUUCCAGCACCGAGGAUGUCCUGCCUUCCAGCCUCACCAAGGCCAUCAAGGUCUACCGUGACGUCUCCAAGUGGAUGUUCGUCGCCUACAUCAUCGCCUUCUGCGCCACCCUGGCCGAGAUCGUCCUCGGUGUAUUUGCCAUCUGCAGUCGCUGGGGAAGCUGUGUCGUGACUCUUGUUUCUUCGGUGUCACUUCUGUUCACGACUGCCGCCUCGGUGACCGCGACCGCUCUCUUCGCCACGUUGACCGGUACCUUUAAUUCUGCGCUCAAGGACUACGGCAUCACAGGCUCCAUGGGGAAACACAUCUACAUCGCAACCUGGCUCGCCGUUGCCUUCUCCCUCGCCGCCAGCCUCUUCUGGUCCUUCAGCACCUGCUGCUGCUCCGGCCGCUCUCCCUACAGCCACCGCGACGGCCGCAACACCCGCGGUGGCAUCACGGCCGAAAAGGCCCCCUACACCUACGAGCCCAUCGACCACCAGGCUCACCCGGCCGCCGUGAACCCAAACACCGCUUACCCCCCCGCUGCCACCACCAGCUACGGGAGAAGCGCACCCGUGAACAACACGCGGUCCAAUGCCUAUGAACCGUUCCGUCACGUCGAAGCCUAACUAAAUCGAGAAAUCACCCCAAAAUAACACCAAAACAAAAAUCAUAUAUGUAUUUGAGGGAUAUUUCCUUUGCUCUGGUUCUGGCGGUGGACUUAUGAUUGUGUCUUUUUUGAUGAUUUCGUUUACUCUCCUUUUCGUCUUGUAUACUCCCU